UUUGUAUUGCUUUCACAGGAAGGAGAUAAUUGGGAAAUCAUAGAAGGACUGAAGAUAGGACAGACCAGUGUGCAGAAGCCAGAAAAACAUGAAGGAUUUAUGUUAAAGAAGAGAAAAUGGCCAUUGAAAGGCUGGCACAAAAGAUUUUUCGUGUUAGAAAAUGGAAUAUUGAAAUAUUCAAAAUCGCCCAUCGAUACUCAGAAAGGAAAAGUACAUGGAAGUAUUGAUGUUGGCUUGUCUGUCAUGUCCAUUAAGAAGAAGGCACGGAGGAUAGACCUGGACACAGAGGAGAACAUCUACCAUCUUAAGGUAAAAUCUCAGGAUACAUUUGAUGCAUGGGUGUCGAAGCUAAGGCAUCACCGACUUUACCGGCAAAAUGAAAUUGUGCGGUCACCUAGAGAUGCCAGCUUUCAUAUGUUUCCAUCAACAUCAACCACUGAGUCCUCACCAGCAGCUAAUAUUACAGUGCCAGAGGGAAAGGUUCCACAGAAUAACUUCACGUGGCAGUCUCCCAUCCCAUGCAGCAACAGCCUUCCAUGUACCACCGGUCAGAGUAAGGUUGUGGCAUGGCUACAGGACUCGGAGGAGAUGGAUAAAUGUGCCGAGGAUUUGGCCCAGUGUCAGUCCAACCUGAUUGAGCUUAGCAAACUACUUCAUAAUCUGGAAAUGCUGCAAAGGACCCAGUCUGCACCCAAUUUCAUUGACAUGCAGGCUAACUGUGUAGAUAUGUCAAAGAAAGACAAGCGCACGGCGAGGAGGUGGAGAACAAAAAGUGUCAGCAAAGAUGCAAAAAUACAACUUCAGGGUACCUCUAGCGCUUCAAUGUCUCCGGUCCGUCUGCACGCCUCUAACCCUAACCUCUAUGCCGAUGUGGAGUUCCAGAAUCCCCCAAGUCAUGUAGCUGAUGCCCUGGAAUUUGCAUCUGACUAUACCAAGCUGCAGGAAGAGUUCUGCUUAUUAGCACAGAAAGUCCAUUCUCUGCUGAAAUCCGCCUACAACACAAUUGCUAUUGAGAAGGAAAAGAUGAAGCAGAUGGUUUCUGAUCAGGAUUACAGCAGCCACAAUACACAGCUCGCACGUCUCAGACAGUCCCUUUCUCAGGCCCUGAACCAAAAUUCUGAAUUGCGAAGCCGUCUGAACAGAAUACAUACAGAGUCUGUCAUCUCUGACCAAGUUGUUAGUGUUAACAUUAUAGCAAGUCCAGAUGAGCCUGGAGAACAAAUGCAUGUCAAUCUGCCUCUGUCCCAACAGGUGUCUAAUGAGGGCAGGAUGUCUAUGUCCGAAUCGGCGUCUGAAUUCUUUGAUGCACAGGAAGUGCUCCUGUCUGCUAGUUCAUCUGAGAAUGAGGCAUCCGAUGACGAGUCAUACAUCAGCGAUGUCAGUGAUAACAUCUCUGAAGAUAACACCAGCUUUGCGGAUAAUGUAUCCCGUCAGAUUCUCAAUGGAGAACUGUUAGGUGGUGCUUUUAGAACCGGACGACGGAUGAGCCUUCCUGCACCUUCACCUGACACCAGCAAUAUCAAUCUUUGGAAUAUUCUAAGGAAUAAUAUUGGCAAAGACCUGUCCAAAGUCUCCAUGCCAGUGGAACUGAAUGAGCCUCUUAAUACUUUACAGCACCUUUGUGAAGAAUUGGAGUACAGCGAGCUGUUGGAUAAGGCCGCUGAGAUUGAUGAUCCUCAUGAACGUAUGGCCCUUAUUGCUGCAUUUGCAGUCUCAGGAUAUGCUGCCACGUAUUACCGAGCUGGGAGCAAGCCUUUCAACCCUGUGCUCGGUGAGACAUAUGAAUGUAUAAGAGAAGACAAAGGAUUUCGAUUUUUUUCUGAACAGGUUAGCCAUCAUCCCCCAAUUUCAGCCUGUCACUGUGAGUCAAAGAAUUUUGUCUUCUGGCAAGACAUCAGAUGGAAAAAUAAAUUUUGGGGAAAGUCCAUGGAAAUAUUGCCUUUUGGAACAGUGAAUGUUAUCCUUCCAAAGUACGGAGAUUGUUACGUCUGGAACAAAGUUACGACAUGCAUACACAACAUCCUAAGUGGGAGGAGAUGGAUAGAACAUUAUGGUGAGAUCACCAUACGGAACACAAAGAACAGUGUUUCUAUGUGCAAAAUGACAUUUAUCAAGGGGAAUUAUUGGAGCUCCAGUGUAAAUGAAAUCCAUGGAGUGGUAAUGGAUCAAGAAGGGAAGGUUGUGCAUCGGCUCUUUGGGAAGUGGCAUGAGGCUCUGUACUGUGGAGAUGCUCCUGCAGCUAAAUGCAUAUGGAGGCCAGGUUCAAUGCCAAGUAACUAUGAACUUUAUUAUGGCUUUACAAGAUUUGCCAUUGAACUAAAUGAACUAGAUCCAGUAAUGAAGGAUUUCCUUCCAAAAACUGAUGCAAGGUUUCGGCCUGAUCAAAGAUUACUUGAAGAAGGGAAUGUUGAAGCUGCUGGAACAGAGAAGCAGAGAAUAGAAGAACUACAGAGAACCAGGAGAAAAUACCUGGAAGACAACCAUAUAGAAUAUACGCCAAAAUAUUUCCGGAAGGUGGUUGACACCCAUAAUAAGGAGACAUGGGUUUCCAACGACACCUACUGGGAACUACGCAAGGAGCUUGGUUUUAGCAAAGUUGAUUUACCUGUUCUUUGGUAA